GGACACAGCAGAUCACCGAUCAACAGAAAGAGCCGAAGAUGUCGGCUCGGUCAUGUGAUCAGCUGUGUCCAACCACAGCUGAUCACAUAGGGGACAUGUACACUGAUCAUCAGGGCACUGAUGAUCAGUGUGCCCUGAUGAUCUGUGUAGCCCCAGCAGUGCCACCUGCCAGUGCCCAUCAGUGCCACAUCAAUGCCACAUUUCAGUGCCUACCAGUGCACAUCAAUGCCACAUAUCAGUGCCCAUCUGAGCUGCCUUUCAGUGUCACCCAUCAGUGCCAGUCAGUGCCACCUAUCAAUGCCAGUCAGUGUCACCUAUCAGUGCUGCCAAUCAGUGCCACCUAUCAUCAGUGCCGCCUAUCAGUAUGCAUCAGUGCCACCUAUCAGUGCCCGUCAGUGCCACCUAUCAGUGCCGCCUAUCAGUGCCAUAUAUGAGUGCUGCCUUUCAGUGCCCAUCAGUGAUGCCUAUUA